AUGGUAGCCCAAAUCCUAUUACUAGGCAUACUCAUUGUCUGCCUCAAACAAUACGUCAAGGCUGAAUUUCAACAAAGUCUUGCCAUAACCGAUAUCCUGCCCGAGGACAUUAAGCGCUAUGAUAAAAUGCGUCCACCCAAGAAGGAGGGUCAGCCCACAAUUGUGUAUUUCCAUGUCACAGUCAUGGGCUUGGAUUCCAUCGAUGAGAACUCAAUGACUUAUGUGGCCGAUGUGUUCUUCGCACAAACCUGGAAAGAUCAUCGCCUACGCUUGCCCGAGAACAUGACACAGGAGUAUCGUUUGCUUGAGGUCGACUGGUUGAAGAACAUGUGGCGACCAGAUUCCUUCUUCAAGAAUGCCAAAUCGGUUACAUUCCAAACAAUGACCAUUCCGAAUCACUACAUGUGGCUCUAUAAGGAUAAGACCAUUUUGUACAUGGUGAAGCUAACACUAAAAUUGUCCUGCAUCAUGAACUUUGCCAUCUAUCCACACGAUACACAAGAGUGCAAGCUACAAAUGGAGAGCUUGUCACACACAACCGAUGACCUGAUAUUCCAAUGGGAUCCGACUACACCUCUGGUGGUUGACGAGAAUAUAGAAUUGCCACAGGUGGCUCUCAUACGUAACGAAACAGCAGACUGCACUCAGGUCUACUCCACCGGCAAUUUCACGUGCUUGGAAGUGGUCUUCACACUGAAACGGCGGCUGGUCUAUUACGUUUUCAACACCUACAUACCAACAUGUAUGAUUGUGAUAAUGUCUUGGGUCUCAUUCUGGAUAAAGCCUGAGGCAGCGCCAGCCCGUGUUACAUUGGGAGUUACCUCUCUGCUAACCCUUUCCACCCAGCACGCCAAGUCGCAGUCUUCGCUGCCGCCUGUCUCGUAUCUGAAGGCUGUGGAUGCUUUCAUGUCCGUCUGCACAGUGUUUGUGUUUAUGGCUCUGAUGGAAUACUGUCUGAUCAAUAUUGUGCUCAGCGAUACGCCUAUUCCGAAGCCCAUGGCCUAUCCAGCCAAGCCAGUGCCGGAGCAGGCCCAAAAGGAUGGACCAGCGGCGACGGCGCCACCGCCAGCGAGCAGCAAUAUGUCAAAGAAUCCCAUGUUGCCGGUGCCGGAUGAGAAGAUUGAAAAAAUUGAAAAGAUUUUCGAUGAGAUGACGAAGAACAAGCGCGUUGUGACCACCACACGACGUUUGGUGCGUCCGCCGCUGGAUGCCGAUGGUCCAUGGAUUCCGCGUCAUGAAUCGCACAUUAUGCUUACACCCACCAUUGCGGCACCACCCCCACCACCGCCGCCACAGCCAGCGCCACAGCCCGCAGAGCCAGAGCCUGGCCGGCUGAUGAAGCUGACACCCGCCCAGGAGCGACUAAAGCGCGCCAUCUACAUCGAUCGGUCUUCUCGUGUGCUCUUCCCUGCGCUAUUCGCCAGCCUCAACUGCAUCUAUUGGAUUGUAUUUUACGAGUAUUUGUAAGAUACCCGGCCACGUUAGCGAAUGCUUGCUAUCUCCGUUGUGUUGGACGCGCGGGUCUGAUGUAAAUAUGUUCGAUUUGCCAGCGCUUAGGCAGUUCUAUAGUAACA